AUGGCAGAAAUGAAUGGAAUGGUGGUAUAUCAGCGUGGUCAGGAGGCAGCUGAUUCUGAUGUUUGGGAUGAUUCUGCUUUGAUUAAAGCUUAUAACAGUGCAAUUAAUCUUAAAAAGACUCAGGUUGAAGACAAAGAAGAGUCUGGACAAAGCCAAUCUUCAGAAUUCUGUAAACCUUUGCCACAGAAGAAAAAACACAGGAGACAAAAAAAGAACAAAAAUAAAUCAAAGCAAUGGCAUGCUGGGGAUGAAUGUCAAGCAAUCUUUACAGAAGAUGGUUUAAUUUAUGAUGCUUCUAUCAUUUCCAUAAACUACUCAGAGGGAACAUGUGUUGUUCGAUACAUAGGUUAUGGCAAUGAAGAAGAACAGAUUCUCAGUGACUUGAUACCACUUGCACCCAAGGCUUCAAACUCUGAUACUAAAAUGGAUAGCAGUGAGUGCGGAAGCAAUUAUACAUCCCCCCAAUCCUAUUCUCACCAUAAGAAACAUUCAUCAAAGCAUUCAAAGCCAUCCAGAAGACAAGCCAAGUUUGAUCCAAGUGCUCAACCUUGGAUGCCUCCAUUUCCUGGUGCACCUAAUUUUUUCAAUGGAAUGAAUUCCUUCCCAUGGAAUAACAUGCCACCUUCAACAUCUCCUAUGGGUUUGCCUUUGAUCCCACCUCCUCCACCGCCAACAAAUAAUGAAGCCAUGAACAGCAAUGAAGCACUAUGUAGUAUGUUGAUGUCUUGGUAUAUGAGUGGAUAUCACACAGGUUAUUACCAGGGUUUGUCUCAUAGCCAAAAGAACAGUAAACACUCCUAA